AACAUGGUAAGGGAGUAAAAAAAAAAAGGAGGUGCCUUUAGCUUUAUCUAUUGCGGCGGCACACGGCUUGGCUCGCGUUGCAAGCAACGAUAAGCUGUCUUUUCUGUUUUAACUUUUGGUGCCACCAUGAUACUGGUUCGUGAUAAUCAGAGGAAAGGUGGUGAGAACGCGCUGAUGGGUAGUGUUAGUCUGAACCCGUUAUUUCGGAGUGAGUCUUUCGGGCAUUACUACCCUGACGCCGAGCACAGCUAUACUAUGAUGGAGAAGAGGCAACUGUUCUUGAGAAGCUAUCAGUUCUGUCGAAAGAAGAGUCUGAAAGAGAGAGUGAAAGGCUCUUUGGUUCGUGUCAAGAAGAUUCUGUGGCUAAGGCUGCGAUCUGCUAAGAAACUUAGGAGGUUGGUGUUUUCAAGGAUCAGAAUCAAAUGCGGCUUCUAUUACCGCAGGAGAAGGUUUUCACGCCUUCUCAAUGCCCACAACCGCAAAAUCGACUCUUCCUCUUGUUUCUGGUAGUAGCACCAUUAUUCAUCCACUCAUCACAACUGAGAAAAAAACACAAAAAAAUGUUUUCAUUUCAUGAUUCAUCAGUUACUACGUGUAGUCUUUUAUCGUGUACUUACAAAGACAUGUUGGAAAUUGGGACAAGGAAAUAGAUAUAUUGCACAUAUUGUUUAUUCUUUGUUACUGGUCUCAAAACGGUGUUUCUGUCUGUUUUCUUCUGUCAUUCAUAUCUUCUUUCCUUCUUUUUUCCAGCACAAUCAUAGGUUCUUAUGUACUUUAUCUGUUAAGUUUGUGGAUUCAUACUUUCCAUUUGAACAGUGAGAACUCAGCAGAAAGUUUUUUAU